AUGACCGCRGCGGAAUUCACAGUAUCACCAACCAARACAUUAACCACKCCCAUAGUAAAUGAMACCACAGGGAACCCACAUAACGAUAUCCCACCUCUAGAAGGUACAAAGCUUCACGGGAAAAAAUACCAUUUGGACCUGGAGCUUUACGAUGAAGUCAAUACUGAGGAAAAACAGGUCGAUGUAAAAGGAGAUGAAGUAAUGAUUGUUUUAAAGAAAACGACAAACGUAGCAUGGCCRAGGUUGAUACACCUCAAAGAGAAGCUCCCUUAUCUCACCAUCGACUUUGACCGUUGGGAGGUGUGGUCGUCAUCGGAAGAAGAAGAAAAAGACAACAAGAAGCCGUUUGUUUACCUUCCUCCAAAGUCRCUGAAAACAGAUAACAAGACUAAAUGCAUUGUGCCAGAAAUGGAUAAGACAAGCGAAUCGUCUAGCUCCGAUACAGAUUUUGAAGUUCAAGAUCUGACACUWGACUUCGCCUAAUAUAUUCUGAAUCUCUUAGAGUGAUAUACGUUAAAUUUAUGUUAAAAUUCGUUAUAUUUUUUCAUUGAAUAGAAAUAUUUUUCAAAUUAAAAGUGUGAUUUGUU